GUGCAGGAGCGGCCCUUCCUCUCGGCUGGUUGGCGCGUCAGUCCCGGCGCCGCUUACUACUGCCUUCGUUCGCUGUGCCGGGGAAAGAGGCCGGCUGCACAAGGUAAAAGCAUGGCUGCCAAGGUGGCUCUAACCAAGAGAGCUGAUCCAGCUGAGCUGAAAACAAUAUUUUUGAAGUAUGCAAGUGUUGAAAAAAAUGGUGAAUUUUACAUGUCUCCCAAUGAUUUUGUCACACGAUUCUUGAAGAUAAUAGGAGAUGGGGUGCCCAAUCCCCAUACAGUCCAACUGUUGGGAGGUGUAGUAGAUCAGACCAAAGAUGGGUUGAUAUCCUUUCAAGAAUUUGUAGCAUUUGAAUCUGUCCUCUGUGCUCCAGAUGCAUUGUUUAUGGUGGCAUUUCAGCUUUUUGACAAAACGGGCAAAGGAGAAGUUACUUUUGAGGAUGUUAAACAGGUGUUUGGCCAGACCACAAUUCACCGCCGUAUUCCUUUUAACUGGAACUCUGAAUUUGUGCAACUACAUUUUGGAAAAGAUCGGAAAAGGCGUCUAACAUAUGCAGAGUUCACCCAAUUCUUAUUGGAAAUACAGUUGGAACAUGCAAAGCAAGCAUUUGUGCAACGAGACAAUUCUCAAGCUGGAAGAGUCACAGCCAUUGACUUCAGGGAUAUUAUGGUCACUAUCCGACCUCAUAUGUUAACACCUUUUGUUGAAGAAUGUCUAGUAGCUGCUGCUGGAGGUACUACUUCUCAUCAAGUCAGUUUUUCCUAUUUUAAUGGAUUUAAUAGCCUUCUUAAUAAUAUGGAACUUAUUAGAAAAAUCUAUAGUACUUUGGCUGGACAUAGAAAAAAAGUGGAAGUUACCAAAGAGGAGUUUGUUCUGGCAGCUCAGAAAUUUGGCCAGGUUACACCCAUGGAAGUUGACAUCUUGUUCCAGUUAGCAGAUUUAUAUGAGCCACGGGGACGUAUGACAAUGGCUGAUAUUGAAAGAAUUGCACCUUUGGAAGAAGGAACUUUACCCUACAAUCUUGUUGAGGCUCAGAGACAGCAAGCUCCAACUGAUGUGGCUCGACCUGUUCUCAUUCAGAUAGCAGAAUCUGCAUACAGAUUUGCCCUUGGUUCAGUUGCUGGAGCGGUUGGAGCCACUGCUGUGUAUCCAAUUGAUCUGGUGAAAACACGAAUGCAGAACCAGCGCUCCACUGGCUCAUUUGUUGGAGAGCUAAUGUACAAGAGUAGCUUUGAUUGCUUCAAGAAAGUGCUACGUUAUGAAGGAUUCUUUGGGCUAUACAGAGGUCUUCUGCCGCAGCUCCUGGGGGUAGCUCCAGAAAAGGCCAUAAAGCUUACUGUAAAUGAUUUUGUGAGAGACAAAUUUAUGCACAGAGAUGGUUCUAUUCCUUUUCCAGCAGAAAUUCUUGCUGGGGGCUGCGCCGGAGGAUCUCAAGUAAUAUUCACAAAUCCACUAGAAAUUGUUAAAAUCCGCUUGCAAGUGGCUGGAGAAAUCACAACUGGUCCACGUGUUAGUGCCCUUACUGUCUUGCGGGACCUGGGAUUUUUUGGGCUUUAUAAGGGAGCCAAAGCCUGUUUCCUUCGUGACAUUCCCUUUUCUGCAAUUUACUUUCCUUGUUAUGCUCACACAAAGUCUGCUUUUGCAAAUGAAGAUGGACAGGUGGCUCCUGGUUAUUUGCUUCUGGCAGGAGCAAUAGCUGGUAAUGUUUAUGAUGAGGAUUGA